UUCCGCGUUCUCGGCGGAACGAUCUGUAGGUGGGGGUGCGCGCGACCGAUCCCGCGGGGAGUCAACUGAGGUGACGGCAAGACAGCGAGAUUUUUGUGCCAGACAUGGUGAAGCAGAAACAGAUGGAACUGAAGAAUGUUUGCUACAUACAGAGGCCAUUGAGACACUUCCUGUAGCUGGAAGACACUAUCCCUUUGGACUGGAGCAUUAUUUCUUUUGGAAUUUCAAGUUUACAGAGGGUUCACUUCUCAGAAGUUGGGCAAACCUAUAGUGAUCAUACCAUCAGAAACCAGAUCAACCAACACAAGGGUGAGGCAGAAGGAGAAUGUAGCCUUGUACCAGAUACCAGAACUGCCAUGAAAUACCUUGGAUUGACUUCGAAAUGGGCAGCAGUGAACCCCUUCCCAUCGCAGAAAGUGACAAGAGGAAGAAGAAAAAGCGGAAGGCCCGGGCCACUGAUUCCUUGCCAGGGAAGUUUGAAGAUGUGUACAAGCUGACUUCUGAAUUGCUGGGCGAGGGAGCCUAUGCCAAAGUUCAAGGUGCUGUGAGCCUGCAGAAUGGCAAAGAGUAUGCUGUCAAAAUCAUCGAAAAACAAGCUGGGCACAGUCGGAGUAGGGUAUUUCGGGAGGUAGAGACGCUGUAUCAGUGUCAAGGAAACAAGAACAUUUUGGAGCUGAUUGAGUUCUUUGAAGACGACACAAGGUUUUACUUGGUCUUUGAGAAAUUGCAAGGAGGCUCUAUCUUGGCCCACAUUCAGAAGAGGAAGCACUUCAAUGAGCGAGAAGCUAGCCGAGUGGUGCGGGAUGUCGCUGCUGCCCUCGACUUCCUGCACACCAAAGGCAUCGCUCAUCGUGAUCUGAAGCCAGAAAAUAUAUUAUGUGAAUCUCCAGAAAAGGUGUCUCCAGUGAAAAUCUGUGACUUUGACUUGGGCAGUGGGGUGAAACUGAACAACUCCUGCACACCCAUAACUACACCAGAGCUGACCACUCCAUGUGGCUCUGCAGAAUACAUGGCCCCUGAGGUGGUGGAGGUCUUCACAGACGAGGCCACUUUUUACGACAAGCGCUGUGACCUGUGGAGCCUGGGCGUGGUCCUCUACAUCAUGCUUAGUGGCUACCCCCCUUUUGUAGGCCACUGUGGGGCUGAUUGUGGCUGGGACCGGGGCGAGGUCUGCAGGGUGUGCCAGAACAAACUGUUUGAGAGCAUCCAGGAAGGCAAGUAUGAGUUUCCUGACAAGGACUGGGCACACAUCUCCAGUGAGGCCAAGGACCUCAUCUCCAAGCUCCUGGUUCGGGAUGCAAAGCAGAGACUCAGUGCCGCCCAGGUUCUGCAGCACCCGUGGGUUCAGGGGCAAGCUCCAGAAAGGGGACUCCCCACACCGCAAGUCCUCCAGAGGAACAGCUGCACCAAGGACCUGACGCUCUUCGCAGCCGAGGCCAUCGCCCUUAACCGCCAGCUGUCCCAACACGAGGAGAAUGAACUGGCAGAGGAGUCGGAAGCCCUGGCCGAGGGCCUCUGCUCUGUGAAGCUCUCUCCUCCCUCCAAAUCACGCCUGGCCCGCAGGCGGGCCCUGGCCCAAGCAGGCCGCCGUGGAGAAGUGGGACCGUGCCUGACUCCCACAGCACUCUGACCCGCUCCUGUCAUCCCUUCUAGGCCCUGGGCCUGUCCGGGCAUUGCCCCUAGAAACCUGCGAGGUCACAGUCUGCAGAGCAGGCAGAGGGCCCUGAUCUGCGUCUCCAUUCAGGCCUUCCCAUCCACAAAGACCCUGAGGUUCCCACCCAGCCCCCCAUUCCCCCAGAGUCCUCAAGGAAAAAGCUUCUUCCAAAGGGAUUGUCAUUGAAAAGGAAAGCAAUCACUUGUCGCUUUGCAUAAUCGCCUGUGGCAGGGACUUCUCUUUGCUGGGCUCCUUCCCACCUGCUCACCGGCCUGCAGAUCCAGCGUGGAUCCAGCCUGCUUUCCAGCUCACGGUGGCGUCUGCCAGGCUGCAGCCUUCGGGGAGCCAGAUUUGAGCGGUGUCAGUUGACAGAGGCUGCCAGCGUGUGCCUCUUCUCUCUCUGCACUGUCACCCUCCUCUGAUGGUCCUUCCCACCUUCCUCUGUCCUCUGGACGUCCUUUUUGUCUGUCUUCUCCCUUGGCUGAACCAAACCAUCCUCCCACUUCAGGGAAGGACGGGGAGCCUUCCGCAUUCGGGAAGCCAGAUCCGUCUUCCAGUCUGCAGCACGGAGAAGCACAUAAUCUUUCUUCACCAUGACCGAAACAUGUCCCUCAUUUAUCAUCCUCUACCUUGUUUGCGAUUGCUGCUAAAGCCAGUAUUAUUUCAUUUUAAAAAAGAAAAAGCCUAUUUUUUUAACCGUGCUCUUCCAGCAAAGAUGGAAUUUUAAACUCCCACUGCAAGCCCAGGGCUGGUACGGAGGGUGGCCCAGGCCUGGGGCACUUAGCUGGAGCUCCGUGCUGUGGUGGAGCCAGAAGGGAGGCAGGGCAGGCCCGCUUGGGAGGCAGCCCUCUGUCCUGGCCCGAGCAGCGCCCGGUGCCUGCUGCCAGAGAGCAGGAGGGGGCACCGCUGUCAGAUAAGCUGAGCUGUUGAGUUCCAUAAAGACAGAGAUUUGCAUAUGUCAGACAGUACAACGAGGCUAUUAUACAUUGUUCUUGUUUUAAUAAAACUGUUUUAAACUCUA